GCUUUGAGACAGCAGUGAGUCAGUGUGAGUCUCGGAGAGAGCUGUGGAAGAGCGCGUGGGAAGCCCAGCCCACGGUCACUCCACCGCGACACACGCCGAACAGGUGCUCCAGUCCCACCCAGUCCCACCUGAGGAGCACAGCACGAGGAUUCGUCCCGCUUCUUACCUGCACCGACACAAUGCUGCCGUGGCUUAACGUUACUGAGUUUCCCUGAAGAGUUCAGCACUUCUCUCGCUUCGCUGUGGAGGAGUCUCUGGGAAUAUCGGGCGAAUAUGAAAGUGACAGUGUGUUUUGGAAGGACGCGGGUGGUCGUUCCCUGUGGGGAUGGGAAUAUCACAAUACACAGUCUUAUUCAGCAAGCCACAAUGAGAUAUAAAAAAGCCAUAGCCAAGGAUCCAGGCUACUGGAUACAGGUGAAUCGGUUAGAACAUGGAGACGGAGGCAUUUUGGACCUGGAUGACGUGCUGUGUGAUGUGGCCGACGACAAAGACAGGCUGGUGGCAGUGUACGAGGAGCAGGACCCUCAUCAUGGCGGAGAUGGCACCAGCGCGAGCUCCACAGGCACCCAGAGUCCAGAGCUCUUCAGCACGGGUGAGCUCAACUCCAGCAACCUGUCAGCCUUCCAGCCCUACCAGACCAGCAGUGAGAUCGAGGUCACCCCAUCGGCCCUCAGGACCACCAUGCCCUUGCAUGUACGCCGCAGCAGUGAUCCAGCUCUGGCUGGCCUGCCCGAUGCCCAGCUGCAGCCAGAGGAAACGUCUCGUAAGAACCCCACACGAUGGUCCACCACAGCAGGCUUUCUGAAAGCCAACAACACCAGCGGAACCAACAGCCUAGAGCGAAAGGGUAAGGGUCUGGAAGCUUAUCGCAGCCUGCCUCGUGAUGUUGUCCCCUGGGCCACCCAGUUUCAGAGAGAAAACGCUCGCUCCUCCCUCAGUGCCAGCCAUCCCAUGGUGGACCGAUGGCUUGAGCGUCAAGAGCAGGAAGAAGAAGAAGAAGACGAGGAGAGAGCAGACAGCGGGAGGAACGGCAGGAUAGAGCCGGUGGGAAGGGCCGACUCCUGUGUGGAAUCAGCUUCACUCGAUGAAAUGUUGACGCCGGUUGAGGUGUCCAAUGGCGGUGGGCCGCUAGGAAUCCACGUGGUGGCUUUCAGUGCCAGAGACAGAAGGACGCUGGGCUUGUUAGUAAAGAGGCUGGAGAUGGGCGGGAAGGCGGAGCGGGAGGCUCUGUUCCAGGAGAACGACUGUAUCGUCCGGAUUAAUAACGCAGACCUGCGCAACAUCCGAUUCGAACAGGCCCAGAAUUUGUUCAGACAGGCUAUGCGUUCUCCACUCAUCCUGUUCGAUGUGGUUCCAGCGGUGAAGAAAGCUCAGUACGAGCUGCUGUCUCAGAACGAGCUGGGUCUUCAGGCCGCUCCGGGCCCCGGGGACAGGGCCAGUCUGGUGGGAGGAGGUGUGGACUACGGCCCGCGGAGAAUGUCCAAAGUCGAAUCCACCCUGGGCUAUCCUACAUUACCACACAUAGCAAACCCAUCAAACAAGACCCCACCGGGCCCCAUCCAGCCCUCCAGACCCACCAGUGCCGCCUCCUCUGUGGGCUACUCUAAAAAGAUCGGCCGCAAGUUCAACGUCCAGCUGAGGAAAGGUCCGGAGGGCUUGGGCUUCAGCAUCACCUCCAGAGACGUCCCGAUUGGCGCUUCCGCCCCCAUAUAUGUGAAGAACAUUCUCCCGCGUGGAGCCGCCAUCCAGGACGGCCGUCUGAAGGCCGGAGACCGGCUGCUUGAGAAAGAACAAGAUGACUUAAUUUUGACCCCGGAUGGAACGCGGGAGUUUAUGACGUUUGAAAUCCCUCUCAGUGACUCGGGAUCGGCCGGGUUAGGGGUCAGCGUCAAGGGCAAUAGAUCGAAAGAGAGCCACGCUGACCUGGGCAUUUUCGUCAAGUCUAUAAUCACUGGAGGAGCCGCCUGCAAGGAUGGGCGGCUGAGGAUAAAUGACCAGCUGAUAGCAGUUAAUGGAGAGUCUCUGCUGGAGAAAACCAAUCAGGAAGCAAUGGAGGCCCUCCGCAAAUCCAUGUCCAUCGAGGGCAACAAGAGAGGCAUGAUUCAGCUGAUCGUGGCCCGGCGGGUCGCAGGGAGGGGAGAGGGAUUGUUGACUUACAGUCACUACCAGCUGUCCCCCACUGUGAACAUGCCCCAGGACGACACUGUCAUCAUUGAAGAUGAUAGGCCACCUCUUCUUCCUGCCCGCUUGUCUGACCAAUCAUCAUCCAGCUCCCACGAUGACAUGGGAUUUGUGACCGAAAUGCCAGGAUCCUGGCCCAAAGAUGUCCAGGUACACGAUGAAAGCACACUCUGUCCAGACGCAGAUAUGGAUGGCGUGUUUCAGAGGGAAGGCUUCGGCCGGCAGAGCAUGUCAGAAAAGCGGACCAAACAGUACAGCGAUGCUGCUCAACUGGAGAUCAUCACGAGUCGCAAGUCGAAGAGUAUGGACCUAGUAGCCGACGAGUUUAACCUCACUCCCCGCACAGAGAGGACAGAAGGGAACUCCACACGAGAUGUGGGACCGUCAUUGGGUUUGAAGAAGUCGAGUUCCUUGGAGAGCCUCCAGACGGCUGUUGCCGAGGCGACGCUCAACGGAGACGUCUCGUUCCACAGGCCACGCCCCAGAAUCAUCAGGGGGCGGGGCUGCAAUGAGAGCUUCCGGGCGGCCAUCGACAAGUCUUACGACAAGCCAGGUGUGACCAUAGUCAACUCCGAUGAAGAUGACGAGGGGAUGGAGACGUUGGAAGAAGAUACAGAGGAGAGCUCACGAUCAGGCCACGACUCCAUUUCCACGGCCACGGACCUCACCCUCCCACCCUCCAACACAGAGAAACAGCUGAACGGAGGACGCACCAAAGAGGACAAGAAGAAGGAGCGAGGAGGGAAGGACAAGAAAGACAAGAGCAAAGCCAAGAAAGGCGUGCUGAAGGGCCUGGGCGACAUGUUCAGGUUCAGCAAAAAUCGCAAAGACGAGAGGCAAGGGGACAAGAUGGAGCGGAAGGGGUCCAGCAAGAGCAAGAUGAAGGAAGCUCAGGCCACUGAGGAGGAGACGCAGAGAAUGAGGCUGGAGCAGGAGAGAAUUCAAGCGAAGACCAGGGAGCUCCGAGAGCGACAGGCCAGAGAGCGAGACUACGCUGAGAUCCAGGACUUCAACCGCACCUUCAGCUCCGACGAGGAGCACACCUACGCUGGGAUCGGCUCUCUGGACUCGUCCCUGGACAGCAGCAUGGACCUGAGCCAUAACCCCAGUCUAGAGCGUCCGCAGAGCCCCCGAGACCAGGCCUUGCCCUUAGAGGCUCUCUACGCACAGGUCAACAAGCCCCGCAACGGACGCCCACCAUCUGCAGACAGCAACCGACUGGCACCCAGCAACCAUGACCGGAUACAACGUCUACGACAAGAGUUCCAGCAGGCCAAGCAGGAGGAGGAACCUGAUGACCGCCGUCGAUCCUACAGCUUUCAACAACAACAGAGGACCAACACGGGUUCUUAUACACCGACGGGGCGGCACUCGGUUUCUGUGGAGGACCAAAUGCAGAAACAGAGAGAGGACAGAGACUCUUUCACACAAGCCCAGAGGCAGUACAACUCCUUACCGCGACAACCACGUAAAAACCCUAGCACCGUGUCUCAAGACUCUUGGGAUAAAGUCUAUCCUCCUGGCGAGGUCUUUCAGUCCACCAAAGAGAACCCACGCUAUUCCAGCUACCAGGGAUCCCGCACUGCCAAUGGCUACCUGGGCGCCGCCGCCACGGGCCUGAACGCUCGCGUCCUCCUGGAGACCCAAGAGCUCCUGAGACAGGAACAGAGACGAAAGGAGCAAGAGGCUAAAACCAAGCUACCUACUAUGGAGGAGACACCAACCUCAAGCCAAACCCCUGUUUCUGCUCCACCCAAAGGCCCCUACCGACAAGACGUGCCACCCUCGCCCACCCAACUUGCCCGGCUCAACCGUCUACAGACCCCUGAGAAGGGCCACCCCUUCUACUCCUGAGACGAGAGAUCAAAACUGUAGGAAAAACUGUAUGACAGCAAUAAUAUUGAAUGGAGAGAGACAGGGCUAUAACAUGGAGACUGCAUGGAGGAUUGGUUUUGGAGGUUUUUCUGAGGGUUGCCAAGUUGUUGUUUUUGUACUCUAGUAUGGAAUCUUUGUACACACUGAAGAUCUUUGUCAACUAUUCAUCUCCCAUUCUUACUUUUGACAAUUGUGCAUGUGUUUGUUUAAUUAAUUGACGUUAUGGCACUAGGUACACUUGAGAAUCACAUGACAGGUUUUGAUGCAUGGUUGUUUCCACUAUAUUGUGACCUACAUACCUUGUUUUUGUCAAGUGUGCUGAGAAAGACAAGUAGGUGGGUGAAUUUCACUACACCUGCCAGAAACAUGUCUUGGUCAUAUUUCACCACAAAAUCAAAAGAAAAAAUGCAAUAUUUAGCUAUAAAACGAUGCUUGGUUCUAGGUCUAUAAAGAUUUUUUUUCUUUUUCGCUGUGGCAUUUUCAUCCCUAGAGCCCUGCUCAUGACAUUCUUUUUUAAAUAUGUAUUGUAGAAACAAAUUAAGAAUUUGUUCCCAUAUUUUACAAUUUAAAUAUAUCCACAUUAUUUUCGCUGAGAAUUAGAUUUUUUAAUGCGUUACGCUAGUGAGAGUUUUGUGGGUGUAGGUGUACAGUAUGUGUUCAGGGCGGGUGUGUUUUAUCCCAUGUACUCCAGCAGUGUAGCUGAACUCAGCUAAUAGAGUGCGGAAAGGUUAUGACCCCACAACCCUCUGACUCUCUGCUACGGAAACCCCCAUUAACCCAUCAUACUUCUCAGUUGCUCCUCAUGUGUCGCCUUCCAUCUCCACCCACUUCGUAAUUGAUUCUUCUGCUUUCUCCUUGAGUUAGUGGCCUCUGUUCCUCCACUUCUAAGAUGGUAAAUGUACAAUAAAUGUGACCCUGGACCACAAAAGCAGUGUUAAGUCGCUGGGGGA